AUGCUUGCAUAUUCAUCAUCAUUCAAUUCUGUAUCAUCAACUUUGAGUAUUUUAUUAUCAGAACCUGUGAAACUUGCUGAAUUUGGAUCGUAUUCAUCACUUGAAUUGGUAGUCAAGGGAAAAUUUGGAAAGGAUUGGCCUUUCUCAUCCGAGUUGAAAUCAAUAAGAUUGAUAGCCAGAAGGUCAAAAAAUGGUUGGGCUAUCUCAUUCAAAUUGGAAUCACUGAGAUUAAUAGGAAGAAGAGAGUCUGGUUGCUGUCGGAAAGCUUGA